ACGUGAUCGUACUUUAAAAUGGUGGUACUACAGCUUUUCUGCAUCUUGUUGAUCCUUCGCCAAGGACUAGCUGACGUGAUGACCACGACCACCGAAUCAUCCACUAGGAUUAAUGGUGGGCAGCGCGUGAACGAGACGGUGCCCUUCCAGGUGUCCUUGCAAUUGCAGCGACGUGGUCGCUGGCAGCACUUCUGUGGAGGAUCCAUUGUGAGCGGCCAGCACGUCCUUACGGCGGCCCACUGCAUGGAGAAGAUGAAGGUCGAGGACGUUAGCGUGGUCGUGGGGACGCUCAACUGGAAGGCCGGUGGACUACGUCACCGGGUGGUGACCAAGCACGUCCAUCCGCAGUACUCGAUGAAUCCCCGCAUUAUCAAUGACAUCGCCCUGGUCAAGGUUACUCCGCCGUUCCGCCUGGAGCGAUCCGAUAUCAGUACCAUUCUUAUCGGUGGCUCGGAUCGCAUUGGCGAAAAGGUUCCGGUACGCCUCACCGGCUGGGGAUCCACCACUCCAUCCACUUCCUCGGCGAGUCUGCCGGAUCAGUUGCAGGCCCUGAACUAUCGCACCAUUUCGAACGAGGAUUGCAACCAGAAGGGAUUUCGGGUGACUAGGAACGAGAUCUGCGCCCUGGCUGUCCAGGGUCAAGGGGCAUGUGUGGGCGACUCUGGUGGACCACUGAUUAGGCCCGGUAAGCAGCCGCACCUGGUGGGAAUUGUCUCCUACGGAUCAUCCACCUGUGCCCAGGGCAGACCAGACGUCUACACGCGGGUGUCCAGUUUUCUGCCCUACAUCAGCCAGGUGAUCAACCAAGACUUGGCCCAAUAAAUACCGACCCGUAGCGCAUAAAUAAACCGA